CUUAUAGUUCCCUAUGACGCAAUCUGAUACAGCCCAUAUUCCCACCGCCCGCUGGCGAUAUCUCUACCGCCUUCCUAUUAGGCACCACGCGUUCAAAUGAUUUUCUUUCCAUCGCAACGCGAAGCAACUGCUUUCAACACUGCCACGACUCGCAUUUAUUGUUUGAUGCGCUGAGCAUCAGUCAUUCAAAAUGGAUAAAUCCCGGUCUGCUCCUCGGCGUCGCAACCCUCGCGCCAUCUCUCCCGCUGAAUCGUCCUCUGAUGAACUCGCCGCGGGCUCCGAGCAUGAUGAAGCCGAGCGCCGCAGAGCUAGUUGGACCAUUCAUAAGGGGUUCACUCCGCAGCGCCCCCAGCAGCAGGACCGCCGCUACAGCGAUUCUGAGAGCACCGAUGAACUGGCUGUUGACGCCAAUGAGUACUGGCGCACUUCGCGCAGCCGUCGCCGCAGCCGUUCACCCAUCAAUCGCCAUACCCGCCGCGACAGCGAAUCCCAGGAAAGUUCGGGGGAGCCUGUUGAUGAAGAUAUGGAAAGCCCCAACGAGCAAGAGGGCCCCGGUGACCCUGACGCCUGGUCUGACCGUUCUGCUACCCCGGUCCCUCCCCCGGUCCCUCCCAAGCCCGACCAUUUGAACUACAAGGAGAAGUUUGUUAUGCGCGGUCAUAUCCGUGGAGUCUCUGCUGUUCAAUUCUCGCCAGAUUGCAGUAUGAUCGCGAGUGCAGGUGCCGAUUCGGAUCUUAAGGUCUGGGACACUGCUACUGGCAGACUUAUACACACCUUUGAAGGACAUCUUGCAGGUAUCUCGACUCUUGCUUGGACCCCGGAUGGCCAAUGGAUCGCGACUGGUAGCGAUGAUAAGACAAUUCGUUUCUGGAACGUCAAGACUCUCAGGGCGCACCCUCGGAUCUUCAGUGGCCACCACAACUAUGUGUAUCAAAUUGCAUUUACCCCCAAGGGAAACAUUCUUGUUAGCGGUUCUUAUGAUGAAGCUGUAUUCAUGUGGGAUGUGCGCCGAGGAUCAGUUAUGCGCUCUCUCCCAGCUCACUCUGACCCUGUUGCUGGCAUUGAUGUUGUACACGACGGAACUCUUAUCGUUUCAUGCGCCCUGGAUGGCCUCAUUCGUAUCUGGGACACUAUCAGUGGCCAGUGUCUUCGUACUUUGGUGAUGGAAGACAACCCUCCUGCUACAUGUGUGAAGUUCUCUCCAAAUGGCCACUAUGUUCUGGCCUGGACUCUGGAUGGCUGUAUCCGCAUGUGGAGUUAUCUCGAGAGCCGCGUUAUUAAGACCUUCCAGGGACAUGUCAACAACAAGUACAGCUUGUCCGGAUGCUUUGGUCUCUAUGGAUCACCCAACAUCAAGUAUGAACCGCCUCUGGCAUUCGCUGUCAGCGGCAGCGAGGAUGGCGCUAUCAUUUUCUGGGAUAUCGUGAGCAAGAAAAUCCUACAGCGCAUCGACGUUCAUGAAGGAGUUGUUCUCGGUGUCCACGCUGGCACUUUGAAUGGCAAGCGUAUGAUUGUCAGUUGCGGAAUGGACAAAACGGUUCGUUUGUUUGAGGAGGUGUCCGAAGAUGGCUCGGAGCCUGGAGAGGAGGAUGCGGCUUCUGCCGACUCUAACCUGCGGGGCGACCCCCCUACAGAUGACGCAGAUGGUGACAAUGCUAUGACUGAUGCCUCUGGCCUGCCCUCUGCUGUCGCUACUCCGGCGGAGGAUGUGACGAUGACAUAAGUUUAUCUUUGUGGUUUCUCUAACGAUUUUCUUUCUUUGUGCAUGGCGGCUGGCUUUUCGGGAAAAGGAAAAUACCCCGGUGUCUGGAGUAGUCCUCUAAUGGACCAUUUGUUUAUCCAUCUGUCUUUCGAUCUAAGGCUCUUACUGAAGAUUAUGAUUGGAAUCUGCAUUGCAUUGCAAUUUGUGAGAUACAUUGAGCGAAUUGAAUAUUCUACCUUCCAACUUGAAUGGAGCAUGGC